AUGGCCUUGUCGCCAAUUGAGCGUCUCCCUACCGAGCUCAUUCAGCCAAUCUUCCUCCUCUCUGGCCCAAACCUCGCGCUCACCGCCGCGUCCCAUCACAUCGCGGCAACGCUCUCGGAAGACUAUAUCUACCACGAAGUCUGCACGCACUACCUCACGCAAACGCUCGACUCCCGCGCACAGCAAUCUAUCAAUCAGAGUCGUAUAUUUGCAACCAAAUGGAUGACGUGGGACUACUUUAAGGCGUUCCUCGUUAGAACAUACGAGAGCAAUGGCUGCCUGUGCGGGAAGACGCCGGAAGAGGGAUGCUUUGACGGCCAAUGGCCUCCUGACUUUGAGAAUGCCACCAACAUGGUGUUCAGCAGAAGUCAUCUACCGGCCCUCACGUACGUCAAGUGUCGCAUCCCAGUCAAGCUACUCCACGGGCCUUGGACGCAGGAGAAGAUCCAGUUCCUGCGCUUCCUGCUCUGGACCACGUCCAUGACCGUUGACUGGGCAGACUCAGAUGUGCGCAAGAUGGCCCUCGAGGGCAAGAGGGAAGCUAUACUAGAGAGAAAUCUGGAGGUUGUGGAGCUCUUCAACCACAACCGACGUCUUGGCAAGGCCCCGGGCAUGGCAACUGUACGCUUUGCGGUUAUGGAAGCCGGCUGCGAUCGCUCGAUCGUGUACGACAUCAUGGCCACGGCCCGCACCUGGGGUCUCCGUGGCGACUCCUGGGAAUGUCCGGAGCUGGAUGCCUGGUGUGACGAGCGCAUCAAGAGCGGCGAUCCUAAGGGCAAAUGGUUGCAAUUGAAGCUUCAAGAAUUGCGAGCUACCUAUGGAACUGGGAACGCUAUCUGGGAGAACGGGGCAGGGGGUCAAGGGUCGCUACAUGGAGUCAUGCAUCCAGAGUCUGGAGACUAUGACGGUGGGGAGGAUGACAAGUUGAUGGUCAACAAGCAUAAGUGGAAUGAGAAGCCAAGAACUUGA